AUGACAACGACCGAGCAAGCCAAAGCUCCUAUACUACAUUUUCCAUACCAAUCUAUCCAAUUUAUAGCUGAUUCCAAUCAAUGUCAACAUCUAACAGAUGAUUCUAUUAAAUAUUUAACAUUGGAAGUAACUGGCAUAGUUCGGUUUUUAUUACAAGAUGCACUUAAAUUCACAAGAAAAUGUCGACGAACAAAGAUGAUCACAGAUGAUUUUGAAUCUGCAAUGAAGAUGCGAUAUUUAGAACCAAUCGUUGGAUUUCGCUUAUCAAAUGGAAAUUUACCAUUUAAAACAACAACAGCAGCAGGUUUAGGCCAUCGUGAAGUUCAAUGUAUUGAUGAUCAUGAAUUACAACUUGAUCAAGUUAUUACUGCACCAAUGCCAAAAAUACCUUUAGAUGUUUCUAUACGAACUCAUUGGCUUGCAAUUGAAGGUAAACAACCAACAAUUAAUGAAAAUCCGGAAAUAAUUUCAAAAGCUGAUCUAACAACGGAUUCAUUAGAUCCUAUGAAAUCGUUAACAAAAAAACGAUACAAUCUUGAUGCAUCGAAAAUUAAAACUUCGAAUCCACAUGAACUUUCGUUGGAACAACAAAUUUAUUAUAAAGAAAUAACUGAAGCAUGUGUUGGUUCGGAAGAACAAAAACGUCAAGAAGCUAUUGGCAGUCUAUCAACAGAAACAGGCCUUCACCAAAUUUUACCGCGAAUUGUUUUAUUUAUUUCUGAAGGUGUUAAAGUUAAUUUAAUGCAAUACAAUUUAGCAAUACUAAUUUACUUAAUGCGAAUGACAAGUGCAUUACUUGAAAACAAAUCGUUAUAUUGUGAAAAAUAUCUUCAUCAAUUAUUUCCAGCUAUUAUGUCAUGUAUUCUAGCAAAACAACUUUGUGUUCGACCAGAUGCAGAUAAUCACUGGGCAUUACGCGAUUAUGCUUCAUCACGUUGUGCUCAAAUGGUCAAAAUGUUUUCAGCUAGUAUUCAUGGUUUACGAAAUCGUAUUGUACGAAUAUUUCUUCGAACAUUUCAUAGUGAACGUUUACCACUUGUUACUCACUAUGGAGCACUUGUUGGUUUAUGUGAAAUGGGUCAAGAAACAAUUGAAGAAUUAGUAUUUCCCAUAAUAAGAACACUUGGUGAUCGAAUAGUAAAAUCAGUUGAAAAUCCAUCACUAUCACAGAUGGAUAAAACAACAAUUGAUCGAAUUAAUGGCGUUAUAUCUAAAUAUAUUCCACCUGCUUACCGUACAUCACGUUCAACACCUGAUGAUAUUGAACAUUUUAAACAAGAAUUCGGUAAUUUUUAUGGACCACGUCUAUAUACACAAGUUACUCAACAGCGUCAACAACCAAGAUCCACAACUCAACCUACGCAAGUGAGUGAAUCAACCAUCUAUUAG